CAAUCCGGUGUACGUGACAUCUGAAAACAUUCCCUCCAGGAAUGCAUGGUUUUUACGACAUUCUACCUUUACGCAGACGAUAAUUAACAAGCUAAUAUUUUUUUGUCAUGCAGCCAACACUGAAAACGAAUGGGGAUUGAAUUGCUUUGCCUCUGUUUCCUAUUUCUGCAAAGAAAUAACUAUGUGCAAGGGACCUGUUCUCAGGAAAGCGCAGUGACUUGUGAAGAUUGUUUGCUUUCCGGACCACACUGCGCUUGGUGUUUGCAAGAGAAUUACACAGACUCGUCUGGAAUUCAUGGGAGGUGUGAUACCCUGGAAAAUCUUUUGUCCAAAGGAUGCCAGUUGAAUUCGAUUGAGUUUCCCAUUUCAGAAGUAGAAAUUCACAAAAAUGAUCCCCUAACGGCAUCAGCCCAGAAGAACAGUUCUGAUGUCACACAGAUUUAUCCCCAGAAAUUAACUCUGAGGCUGCGACCAGGAUACGAAGAAACAAUACAGAUCAAGGUUCGCCAGACUGAAGAUUAUCCGAUUGAUCUCUACUACCUCAUGGAUCUUUCAGCUUCCAUGGAUGAUGAUCUGAAUACAAUUAAAGAACUGGGUUCAACUCUUUCCAAAGAGAUGUCAAAAUUGACAAGCAACUUUAGACUGGGGUUUGGAUCUUUUGUUGAAAAACCAGUUUCACCAUUUAUCAAAACUACAGCUGCAGAAAUAAAUAACCCUUGCAGAAGUGUACCAUAUGAGUGUUUACCCACCUUUGGAUAUAAAAAUGUUUUGCCACUAACAAAUGAUACUGAAAAAUUCAAUGAAAUUGUGAAAGGACAGCGAAUUUCUGCUAAUAUAGACACUCCAGAGGGAGGAUUUGAUGCAAUUAUGCAGGCAGCUGUUUGCAAGGAAAAAAUUGGAUGGAGGAAUGAUUCUCUACAUUUGCUGGUGUUUGUGAGUGACGCUGAUUCCCAUUUUGGGAUGGACAGUAAACUGGCAGGGAUUGUUAUUCCUAAUGAUGGGAAUUGUCAUUUGGACCAUAAUAAUGAAUAUUCCAUGUCAACUGUUCUGGAGUAUCCCACAAUUGGACAAUUAAUCGACAAACUUGUGCAAAACAAUGUUCUGUUAAUUUUUGCUGUAACGAAUGAGCAAGUUCACAUAUAUGAGAAUUAUGCAAAGCUUAUUCCUGGGGCUACCGUUGGACGGCUACAGAAGGAUUCUGGAAAUAUUCUCCAGUUGAUCAUUGCUGCAUAUCAGGAGCUGAGGUCUGAGGUUGAGUUGGAGAUCCUGGGAGAGACGGAAGGGCUCAAUCUCUCCUUCACGGCCAUCUGUAACAAUGGGACCUUUUUUCCACAUCAGAGGAAAUGCUCUCAUGUGAAAGUGGGAGAUACAGUCUCUUUCAACGUGACUGUAAGUCUCUCCUCUUGCGAAAAAACCAGAAGGCUCAUCAAGAUAAAACCUGUGGGGCUCAGUGACAUGCUGGAGAUGGAAAUUCAUCCCCUCUGCAGCUGUGACUGUCAGGCCAAGGCGGAGAAGGAGAGCCCAAAGUGCAGCCAAGGGAAAGGCUCUCUGGAGUGCGGGGUGUGUGUGUGCAGCCCCGGGUACGUGGGGCCGCACUGCGAGUGCCAUGAGAGCUCCCUGGGUGCCAGCUCCUGCCGGGGCCCAGCCGAGCACAGCUCCUGCAGCGGCAGAGGCGACUGCUACUGCGGGCACUGCCUGUGCCACCCGUCCCCCUUCGGAAAGGUGUACGGGCCCCGCUGCGAGUGCAAUGACUUCUCCUGCCUCAGGCACAGAGGGCUUCAGUGUGCAGGCAAUGGUGACUGUGACUGUGGGGAAUGCAAGUGCCACAGUGGAUGGACUGGUGAAUACUGUAAUUGCACAACUGAUACCAGCACCUGCAUUGCUGAGGAUGGGACACUGUGCAGUGGGAGAGGUGACUGCAUCUGUGGGACAUGUGCUUGCACCCAUCCAGGUGCUUCGGGCCAAAUGUGUGAAAAAUGCCCUCUCUGCGGUGACCCCUGCAGUUCCAGACGGAGCUGUGUGGAAUGUCACUUGGCUUCCGAUGACAAGUCACUGGGAGAUUGCAGCGAAAAAUGCAAAUUGGUUGAUGCAACUGUCAGCAUGGCAAAGGAUUAUUCAGAGGAUAAAUCCAUUUCCUGCUCUUUGCAGGGGGAAAAUGAAUGUAUAACCACAUUUCUACUGGCUGCUGAUGAACAGGGAAGGACAGUCAUUCACAGCAUAGAACAGAAAGAUUGUGCACAGCAUCCAAAUAUCCCAAUGAUAGUGGUGGGUGUCACCCUUGCUAUCCUUCUCAUUGGCAUUGUUUUACUCUGUAUAUGGAAAUUACUGGUGUCAGUUCAAGACCGAAAAGAGGUGGCCAAAUUUGAAGCAGAAAAAUCAAAAGUUAAAUGGCAAACGGAAACAAAUCCACUGUACAGAGGCUCAACAACCACUUUUAAAAAUGUGACUUACAAGAACCAAGAUAAGCAUAAAAGGCCCAUGGCUGCAGAUUUCUAUUAGCACCUCCAACACUACAAACUUAGUCUUACUGGCAGGAAAUCUGAAUCUAAAAGUGUUUCUUCUCAGCUGAUUAUGUGAUAUUUGUUUGCAAGUUGCAGUGGUAUAACCAUUCUGUUAGAGAACAUAUGUCUUGUGUCGUGAUAAAUAAAGAUAACAUAUUAGUAGUAAAGGUUAGUAGAAAUACUUUUUUAUAAAUGACCCUUUAUUGUUAAAGCCCCCAUCUUAAAAAAAUGGCACCACAAAUAAUUUUAAUUUUGUCUUUAAUACAAGGAUUAUAAUUUACCAUGUAAGCUUAUUUUUUGUUAAAUUAGAUAUAUGCAGUGAACUUUAUGCUAGUUUCUCAUACA